AGUUAGUAGUUACCAUAGCAACCAGUAACAGUAGACUAGUCCCCUUUUGCCAUCUUUAACUCUGGGUCUGGACUGAUGUUAACCACCAGCUUGACCAUCUCUCUUGUUAAGUUGUUUCAGUCAGGGAGAUGAAGAAGCUCUGUCACCUGUCUAAUAACAUCCUGAUAGUCAGCAUUUUACUGAUUGCCUUCUUUCUUCCAGGUGCUUUUUCUCAUUGUGAUCAUCUUCAAGCCCACAUGUAUACACCCCAUGAGAUGGAAGCUCUGAUUGGAUCUUGUGUGGAUAUUCCAUGUAGAUUCCAAACUUUUCCAGGAUUUGACAGCAGCAAACCCAUUUAUGGAAUCUGGAUGAAAAAUGAGCCUGUAUAUGAUGUGGGGUCAAGUUACAUGAUUUUUAACAGCAGUGGGUCAAUUAACACCUAUCAAAUGGAAAUGACUGGAAAUCUCAGAAGGAAAAAUUGCAGCACUCGGAUUCCUGAUUUAACAGCAGAUCAUGCAGACAAAUACUACUUCAGAGUUGAGAACGGGGACACGACAGCAACAUUUUGUGAAGAUACUUUUACGUUAACAGUUAUAGAUUUUCCUCGGAGUCCCAGCAUUGUUGUUUUUGGAAGUGAUCUGAAGGAGCAUCAGUCUCUCACUAUAACCUGCUCAGCUUCUACUACCUGUUCACGCUCACCUCCUGAACUCACCUGGAAUCUCAAAAAAGACUCUCUCAAACAAAUCCUGAAAAAAACUGAUGGAACCUUUGCAGCUAAACUGCAGGAGAGCAUCACUAUAUCAGACAAGCAUGAUGGAUAUAACAUCAGCUGUUCUGCCACAUAUCCUGUGACAGGAGGAUUCAAACAAGCAGAUACAGUAAAGACUCUCAGUGUUUCAUAUGCUCCUAAAGACACCUCAGCAUCCAUCAGUCCGUCAGGUUUGGUGUCAAAAGGUAGCUGGGUGGAGCUGAGCUGCUCCAGCAGAGCCAAUCCUCCCAUUACCAGCUUCACCUGGUUCAAAAGCAGCAAACAUGGAGCCAUUAAUGUGUCUGAGAAGCAAGUUUACGGCUUCAGUGCUACUCCUACUGAAGAAGGAGACUAUUACUGUGAGACCACAAAUGAGCUUGGUAGUGAGAACUCAACCAUCUGUAUUGAGAUCACUGAUCCUCCUUUAACUCCUAGAAUUAAUAUCCCUGCUGGUGAUCUGAAGGAGCAUCAGUCUGUCACUGUUACCUGCUCAGCUUCAACUCCCUGUCCACACUCACCUCCUGAACUCACCUGGAAUCUCCAAAAAGACUUUCUCAGACAAACAGAGGAAAACACAGAUGGAACCUUUACAACUAAAAUCCAGGAGAACAUCACUCUGUCAGACACACAUGAUGGAUACAAAAUCAGAUGUUCCACCAGAAAUCCUGCGGCUAGAAAAAGCAACAUAGCAGAGGCAGAAGUGACUCUCAAUGUUUCAUAUGCUCCUAGAAACACCUCAGCAUCCAUCAGUCCAUCAGGUUUGAUGUCAGAAGGUAGCUGGGUGGAGCUGAGCUGCUCCAGCAGAGCCAAACCUCCACCCAGAUUCACCUGGUUCAAGAAAGGCCUGGAAAGAAUCACUAAAGUAGCUACAGGCAUCUUUCACAACGUACAAUUCAGAAAGGGCGAUCAGUAUUUCUGUGUAGCUGCAAAUAAGCUGGGUGAAGAGAAAUCAUCCCCGAUCAAUCUCAGAACAAAAGGUACAACUCGAGUUGGAGCCUGGGUUUUUGCAGUAGCAGGGGGCGUGGUAAUGGUAGUUCUUUGCUGUGCAGUCUUCGUCAUUGACAAAUGGUUCAGACGCUCCUAAUCUAGUCAAGCUCUUGAGUUGUGCUUGUGUGCAACACUAAAAAUAAAAUUCUGCAACCCGA